AUGUUGUCUUGUCUCGAGCUACUUCCUCCAGAGCUGGUUCAUCUCAUACUGGAUGCACUCAGUCGAAUCCUUUACUCAGCAAAAAAUGUGCAGGAAGACUUCAGUCGAGACUGCGCGGUUUCUCUGGCCACCGUCUCGCACCGCUUGAGAGCCACAGUCCUACCCUGGAUGUUUGCCACGAUCCACAACCGACACGAAAGUCUGCCGCCUCGCGCUCUGUGGUCCCAUUUUAGGACUCUACACAUCCGGGAUGUCUCCGCUUCACGGAACGCGGCCAUCGUUGUCUCAGACGCGCUGCUCAUGGCCCUUGCUGAAAUGUCCCACCUAACGACAGUCACGAUAAGACUGAACUCUGUCAUCCCCGACCUCUGUUUUUCCGCUUUAAGCCAACUACCGCUGUUGUCCUCACUUGAAAUCUACCAAAUCAGGCUCGAUGGUGAGGUGAAUUUCGCCCGGAUGACCCUCCCCGCCUUGGAAGCUUUGUCGCUUCGAAUUGGGGGCUUUUUCGGCGUUUCCCGCCCUGCAAAUGUGGACCUUGCGCAGGAAGCACAGAAUAUCAUGCACCUCUUGUGCACUGUCGCACAAAAGCUCCGUUUCUUCACGAUAUCUGGCGACAUUCUACCCCCGGCUUUCGGCGAAAUUCACUGGCCAGGACUUAUUUCCCUUGCAAUUACAGAGCACCUGCCUCCCACACACAUUCCGCUGUCCGCUCUUGUUGGACAGAUGCCCUCUCUCGAGAAGCUUGAGCUUCUUUAUACACCGGAUCUUGCCAGGAGACGAUAUUCGCCUUUCAGGGUCAUUCGACCAGGUGAAACAGUCCCUUCCCAAGUCCUCCAGCGGCUCUCUGUCUUGUCGCUCUCGAAUGUGCAUAUCUAUGACCCCAUUCUUCAAGCUCUUCCGCAAAACCUCAAGAAGCUCAACCUCUUAGCGGCGUGGGAUGUGCUUGACUAUCAAAGGCUGGCGCCACCACCCUUUGGCUCUCCACCUAUGGGCUGGAUGGGUGAGUACCGGGUGUCAUAUCUGCAAUGGACGUCAUUGCUCAGUCAAGCUUCCUUCCCGAAUCUCACUGCUCUCUCGAUGACGAUUGGGCCCCCGUCGCCAGCAGCUGUACUCAUCGAGGCAAUUGCGUCUGCGGCACCAAAUGUACUCGACCUCGAAUUCCGGCACACGAUUUAUGACAAUUCUGACGAUCGCCUCUUGACCAUCGAUUUUAUAGACCCAGGUUUCUUCACCGCACUGCGGAAAUUUCACCAACUCGAUCGUUUCUGCAUCUUCAUCGAUUACCUCAGGAUCCACAUGAAUCCGGGCCCACCAGGACACGCGGCCUAUCGGUUGUUCGUCGAGGUUCCAACGCUGCAGACCGUGGUGUACAAGUUCUCCGGCUACGUUUCGCCGCCGCAAUCACAAAUGACUUGCGUGUGGGGUAGGGAAAUGCUCGCCCGACCUGCACCUCCCCGCGUCAUUCGUGACCUUGUCCUGGAGGGCCCCGCUUACUCGCAUAUUGAGGACUCAGACUAG